UUUGAAUUUCUUUCACUGACUCUUGAAUCCAAUAUUUCAACAUUUCUUUCGACAUUCAAAUAGUUAUAUAUUUGUUAUAUUAAAUUAUCUCUAGUUUUGAAGAGUUUAUUCAGACAAUUACACUAAACUUAUAGAUGAUGUCAGUGUUAUCGAAGAGAAAUAUAGCCAUACUAUCAGUAAUGGCUACCAGUUAUUAUUUGCCGACUGAUUGGACAAAAUCACAUUCACGGCGUCAGUGGCCAACUGUGAGUCAAUAUCCGAUAAUUGUACGAAAAGCGUGGAUGAAAAACAAAAUGCCGUUCAAAGAUAACUGGUUUCAACCGUUUGUUGCCAUCAAACCUGCUGUUCAUAAUACAGAUCCUCAGCAGUACCCUAACGGCUAUGAAGGACCCGAAAUCAUAUUGGGUUCGGGAUGUAUUGUGGAUCCGUCGGGUCUGAUUGUGUCUGCGUGUGAAGGAUUUGGUAGCGCGUCAUACGUUAGGGUCAGAUUCAACAAUCGGGAAGUACAUGAGGGCCGUGUUGUCGACCGUGAUAUUGACACAGGUUUGGCAACUAUUCUAUUGGAUGGAAAUCGCAAUGACUGGCCAGUCAUCGAAAUGUUUGACACUAAGACUUUGCCGUUACCAAUGGGAAAGGCAGUCUAUAGUGUGGGAAAUUGUCUGCCCGGACAUUAUAAUCAUCUCUAUGAGGGUAUUAUUGUGCGAUCAGAUCUCAAUAUAGAAGAGGACUACAAAAUUAAAUGUGAAUUAGUCCAACACACGGCUGUCAUCAAAGAAGGCGAUUGUGGCAAUGCUGUGGUCGACACCAAUGGUAAAGUAUUGGCCAUCAAUGUUAAGAACUUUGAUUUAGAGAUCAAUGCUGCCGUUCCCAUGCAUACAGUUAAAGAAUAUAUCGAUAGAGUUAAAACAAAACUAUCGCAACGGUAUGGACUGUUGACCUAUUGGUAUGACCCGAAAGAUAAAGACGUUUUCAUGAGUUGCGGUAUUUCUAAACAUCAACUUAAAGACUAUAAGGGAAUACUAGUCUAUGGUAUUUACAAUAAACAGUUAAUUAAUGCUGGUAUCAGUGAAUUAGAUUUGAUAACACAUAUUAAUUACAAAAGAGUUGACUCUAUGGACGAUCUGUAUUGUGCACUACAAUCACAAACAACGAUCAAAGUAUGGACUAAUGAACCCAACUAUAAUCCCGAUCCCAAUAAAGAUCCCAUUAUUUUGGAGAGAGGGCCAGUUGACUUUUCAGAGGAACUACCCAUUUAA